CUUUCUCCAGGCGACACCUGGGAGAUGUGUCGCAGGACCAUUGUGGAGCAGAAACCAAAAGCCUUGCUAUCGGUUGGCAAUGGCAUGCUGAAAAGAGCAGAGGAGGAAGCGGACAUCUCUCUGCCUGUGGACCAGGAUGAUGGGCAGUAUUCUGAAACCCUCCAGAGGUUCGACCACAUAACACGGGCCUUGGGAAUGGACGAUCAGGACCAAGAUAUGCAGCUCAGUAAAAAAUACAAGUUCCUGCAAGUACAGUCAGCACAAGAAUCUGAGGAAGAGCGGGAUAGAGAUAGUGAGAUGGAAGGCGAUGAGGAAGAGGCUGCCGUCCACCUAAUCAAACGCUUUGGAGGCUUCCUCAAAAACAAGUAUGGCUACAGGAAGUUCAUGGAUCCUGGAAGGUCUUUGCAAAAAAGAUAUGGGGGUUUCAUAGGCGUCCGCAAAUCCGCCCGCAAGUGGAACAACCAGAAGCGUUUUAGCGAGUUUCUCAAGCAGUAUUUGGGCAUGAGUACUCGAGCUAGUGAGUUUAAUAGUAUGUCUGCUGAUGUCACCCAACAGAAUGAAUAAGCUUUGACCUUUGAAGUGAAUAAACUUACCAAGCAAAUCAUUUGU